GUUCGUAGUUCCCCUAACGGUAAGACGCGCUGCCAGCGUUGUGCCACGAGUUUAAAAUAAAUUUACGAGAUAUUCAUACAAGAGAUAGAUGCAGGUUCGUGGUGCAUGAAAGGUGAAUAAAAAUUUCAAAAAAAAAAAAAUUAUUGGUAAACUGAAAACGGGAAUUUUUUUAUACGUAAGCGUGUUAAUAACGGGAAUUUUGUUUGUUCAUUGAAAUAUAAUUAAGUAUUUGAAGUAAAUAAUUUUCGUUAUUUUUUUUCAUUUCAAAUAUAGUGUUUUGCUUUCGAAGACUGCUGUCUUAUGCCGUAACGUAACGCUGCCAGCGUAAAGUGCAGUAUGCCAUAAGAAAGCAUAUUUUAUAGUGAAUUAUUCAAAAUAUGUAAAUAGCACACUUUUUCCGUGCAAAGUUCGAAAAGGUCAAGUGAAGUGAACUCAGCAGCAAAAAGUGUUGCAUGCGAGAAAAAUAUUCUAAACGAAAAAAUAAAAUUUUGAAUGGCCACUGGUCGCAGUUAGAGCGUAGUUGUCAUUAAUGAAUGUGCAACAACAACAAUAAAAGAAAUUUUACAAAACACAAAACGAAUUUGUUGUGUCAACAACGGCAGUCAGUUGCAGUCGUCAGGCGAAGUGGACGCGCUGUUUGUUGUUAGCCUAGAUCUUACUAAACGAAGAUAAAUAUCUACAUAUCUGUCGUAUCGAUAUUCAUACUUAUGUAUGCACGAGUAUGUACGUGUCUCUAAUAAUAGUGCAAAGUGAAAGCGGCAAGAAUUUUUAAAGAAUUUAACUAAUAAUCGAAGCGAUAAAAAGUUAUAAAGCAAAAGAAUGCAAAAAGAAGUAAAAGGUUGAAGAAAGUUGAGAUAAACAUUUGGUAAAAAAUAUAAAAAAAUUGUAAAAUACUUCUUAAAAAGAACAAAAACAACAAACGACAAGUAGAAAACGUGAAGAAAGCAUCGCUUAAUUAAAUCAACGGUUUCGUUUAUUAUACUUUGUCUAAAGGUUGAGACUUGUUUUGUUUCGUUUCCACAACGUUUCGGCGUUGACAUACAUAACACAGACGCUGAACUUUGAGAUUAACGAUGAUGUGUGCUUUGUUUUGCACAAUUAAAUUUCAUUUUGUAUGCAGUCAGUGCAAAUGUAAACAAUGGCAGUGAAGGUGAUUUGAAAUCAGCUGGUUUUGGAGGCAGUGCAAACUGGGAUUUAGAAAAAUAAACAGAAAACGAAAUAAAGAAAUUUAGAAACAAAAACUUUAAUUUAUUUAAAAUAAUUAAAGUAAUAAAAUUUUAAUUAAAAAAUUUGAGAAAACUGAAAUAUUAAAAACUAAAAUUAAUUACAAAAAUUAAAAAAAAAAAUUUUAAAUUAAAUUAAUUAAAACUAAAAAUUAAAAUAAAAUCGAUUAAAAAUUUGUUUUAAAGUGAAAAAGUGUACAAAGCGCCUGCUUUUGCUUAAAACGCAGAAACUGUCGAAACAGUCAGUGGCAAUAAAAUUAAAAACAGCAAAAAAGCAAUCGCAUACACUCAUAGAAUUUUCGUAGAAAUCCCUAAAUAAUUGCGCUGACGUCAGUCUGUGUGGCGCGACAACGUGCGCACCUAUAAACACAUACUUACACAUGUGCUUAUUGUUGUUAGUACGUACUUAACUAUGUACUAUGUGAGCAGAGAUUUGCACUCGUUUUGCGCAGAAAAGGCAACGUUGAGCCAAUUGUUAUAGGAAUAAAUGAAAAUAAUUCACUUAAAUCGCCACUAAAUGUGGAAAAUGCUAGAAAACGUGUCAAAAUCACAAGUAGACGAAAGUAAAUAAUAACAGAAAAUAAUAAAAGCCAAGAAAAAACUCGCCAAUUAUUUAAAAUUGAUUUUGACUCGUGUUUUGUGCAGUUUUUGUUGUGAAAUGCACUCGAGUUGUUAAUAUUAUUGUAAAUUUAUGACGUGCAAAUAAGGCGACAAAUCAACACGAAUAUAUCAAUUUUUCUGACGCGAAAAACCUCUUACGUGCAGUCAUUUUGAAGCGACAGCACUGCCAAGCAAUAUAAAAUAUUUCGCAAAGCAACGCCAAAUCGAUAAAUAAGCGCAUACUAUGUACAAAUUGCAAAUUUGGUCCAAACAAACACAACAAAAAUCAUCAAAAUUAAUUAAACGACCAAAACAACAACAACACCUAAAGCAAGAACCACCGCCUCAAACAACACGCGAAUUGCAUCAAUUGCAGCGGAAAAUACGUGCAACAAAAACAAUUGCAACAGCAACUACACAGUUUGCCAGCAAGUUAGAAAAAGCAACAAGUUCAUACAACAACAACAGCAACAAGCAAUUACUUUUAUAUUAUAUACACUUGUUAAACGCUUAUCAGCAACAAUUGCGCGCGUUUAGCAAUUUAUUGCAUUUGAUCACACAUUUCCUGCAAAGCAGACGUGCGCAUCAGCUGAUCGAAAGGUCUGAGCUGAGAUAUUUUAUCGAUUAUACAUAGCGAAGCGAUAGUUGCGUGGCGAUCGAAAGCAGCGACCGACAGCAGCAGCAGCAACGACGCAAUAACAAUACUUUUGCGACAACGUCAACAGCCCCGUUAAUUAACGGCACAGAAGAAGUAGUAAAAUAAAUCAAUUUUAUUUUCCUACAAACAAAACAAAUAAAACUUAAAAGAGCAGACACAACGCUUUCGCGAAACACAAGGGAACGAAACGAAACACAUUGGCACGCAGUGACAACGACACAUAGCGACGCCAUGAAUAUCGAUAGUCCGAUUUUUGUGCCGCGCAAUAACGCGCCAAUCGUCUCCACGCCGGCGGCACAGCUCAAGGUGUCGGGUGCACCACUGGUGGACUCUAAAGUGCCCAAGUCCCCGUCGGCUCUAGGCAUCACAAUGCCACCCAUUGCAGGCAAAAUCACAGAUAACAACAAUUUUAAGCACAACAACAACAAUAUGGGCGGCUAUUGGCCUCUCUUCAACAAUGCCGCGGCAUACUAUCCAUGCGGCAUUAGCGGCAAAUAUUUGCAAUUUUGCCAGCAGCAACAACAACAACAGCAGCAGCAAUAUAUGCAACACUUUUUGCAGCGUCAAAGAACUUUGCCGAACUUUCACAAUCAGUGGACGCAGAGGAAAAAUUUAAAUGCCGCAAUCGGCCAGCGACAACAGCAGCAGCAACAACGUAAGCAAAUAACAAAAACGACAGCAGCAGCAGCAAUAUCGACGGAAAUGUCUGCACAGCAGAAUCAGCAGCGGCGUAAGAAGCAGAAAAUGCAACAACAAAAACAACAACAAACGGCGGAACUACGGCAACAACAACAAGUGAAUAUUACAAAAUUUCCGAUUGCGAAUAAAACAACGGAUUCGCUUUCGCCGAAGUUAACAGUUGCAACAACAACAACAAUCUCAAACCAAGAUACGUUGUUGUUGUUGCCAGCAGCUGAAGAAAUUAUCAACAUUACUGUUGUAAACGACUAUAAUUUAAACAGCAAUAAUAUUGUUAUCGACAAAAAUACAAUUUCGAACAACAACAACAAAGUGGAUGAAGAUAUCAAUAUGGCAACACUUGCAAUAAUAAGUAAUGGUACAACCGCGUUGCCAAACCAAUCAACUCAAUUGGUUGAAGAGGCGGAAAUUUCGACAAAGAAAGAUGACACUGUGCAACGUAACGGUAGCAGAGUUGGUCAACAAAUACGUAACCCUAGAUAUUAUCAACAACAACAACAACAGCAACAAAAUGGUAGCAAUACACAAUUAAAUGCGAAAACUGAUUCAUCCGAUUCGGGUAUUUCUACAAAUGGACGUCAUCAGCAACAUCAUCAUCAUCAUUCGCAUCGUCAACAGCCACAGCAACAUAAUCAGAAACAGCGUAAAACGCGUUUGAACAGUAAACGACAAGAUAAUAACGCAACAACAAUAACAGCAACAACACAAAAACGUACAACCGAAUAUACGGUUGAUGAUUGGUUGGGUCGUGAAAUGGUUUACUGUUACGAUCAUCGGUAUAUAUCUUCAUGCGCCGAAGACAAUUUGUUGGCCGCACGCCACAAUCCAGCGCAUCGUAACAGCACUUCGAGCGACGCGGCCGCCAGCGACGACCUCAACUCCAGCUCCAGCAAUGAAGAUUUGAGCGCCGUCUACGCAGUGAUGUCGCAGCCAGACAAGAAAACCGGCAACAAGGCACGCAGAAACCGACAGCAGCGCCGCCGCAAGCGUCACGACGAGCAGAGCGCCGACCAACUUCAAGCCAUUCCCAUGGAUGUCGACGAGGACAGCAAAGAAAAUCGACGUCCCGCACAGCAGCAUGUACAGCAGCAACAACAGCAACAGCAGCAGCAACAACAACAAACAUCAAAGGCAGCCAGCGUUAACUUGCGUAAACAAUGCACAAAGGCAGCCGCUUUGAAAGCGGUCAAUAAACACAACAACGGCAACAACAACAGCAAUAAUAACGUAAAACCGAUUAGCGGCGCACAUGCGCUCACCAAUUCAGCAUCGAAUUCAUCGGUAUGCAGCGCCCUCUCCUCGGCAUCGUCUACAUAUUCGCUCUCAUCCUCGGCAUCGAGCACAUCGUCCGCCGCGAGCUCACCCACCAAUUCGGCGAAUUGCUCACCCACUGCCUCGCCUACCGCCAGCAAGCGUAAUACAGAGAAUUUCCGUAAGAUAGCACGCGCACUCGCACCACCUCUGCGCCAGCACACCAAACUGAAUAUGUCCGAGCUCGAAUUGGUGCAACAGUUGCGCCGUUACAUCAUUGAUCCGAAUUUGUUACGCGUCUACGGCUAUCCGGUCGAGAGCGCCAUACAUGAGGGCUGUAUCGAGAUCUACAAGUGUUUGCCACGCCCCUCCGGUGUACAUACGCAUCACUCGGCAACCAAAACGGAUGUCGUCAACACCGUCGAUGGCUUGCAGGUGCACUAUACGUCGACCAGCAGCAGCACGACAACCACCACGAGUUUAAAGGCACAAUGGACGCUCUGCGGUGAUAAUGCUACCGAUUCAGGUCAGGGUUCGGGCGACUCCAGUCCGCCUUCAAUGGAUUCGGACUCGAGCGAGGCAGGUGAGGAUGAACCCGCUACCACCACUGCUUGCUUCACACCCGACGGCAGCUAUCAGAUAUUCUCACAGUACGAUCAAUCGUUGGAGAAGCAGUGUGUACGUUGUAUGCGCACUUUCCACGUUACCGAGACCGGUGAGUACCUCAGUUAUGAGAGCUGUACUUUCCACUGGGGUAAACUGUAUAAUCUGUAUACCGGCAGCAAGGGUUACACGACACAAUACACAUGUUGUGCCGGCACCAAGGAUACAGAAGGUUGCUCGCGCAAUCCCUUGCAUGUGUGGACCGGCGCUGUGGUCGGCAUUAACGGCCCCUAUACCGAUUUCCUGCAUACACGUGCACGUUGCGAUGAUAAACCGACCAAAGUGUAUGCGCUCGACUGUGAAAUGUCCUUCACCGGGCGUGGGCUCGAAGUCACUAAAGUGACGGUGGUCGGUUACGAUGGUCAGCUCGUCUAUGAGCAUUUCGUGCGACCCGAAGUCGAAAUUGUCGACUAUAAUACACGUUUCUCGGGUAUCACCGAGAAAGAUCUCUGUGCACACGCGAAUAAAAGCGUCAAAACGCUAGCCGAAGUGCAGCGCGAUUUACUGCAGCUGAUCGAUGCCGAAACCAUACUGAUCGGUCAUGGUUUGGACAAUGAUUUGCGUGUGCUGCGAAUAGUGCAUAAAACGAUCAUCGACACAUCGAUCGCAUUCCCGCAUUCGAGUGGCUUCCCCUAUCGGCGCGCACUUAAGAACCUGACGAAGGCAUGUCUCAAUCGUGACAUACAGUGUAGCGAUGCGGGACACAGCAGUUUUGAGGAUUCGCGCGCCUGCCUGGAAUUGAUGUUGUGGAAAGUGCGUAAAGAAAUGCGACCGACGGCGUAUUGAGCGGCAAGCAAGCGAUUGUUGAAUAUAUGUGUGUGAGAGGGAGGGUAAAAGUGAAACAGUGGGGCGUUUCACAGUGUGUGCAUGUGUUUGUGUGUGAGUGAGUUUUUUUAUACAUACAUAUACAUAUUGUAUAUUGUGUUCGUAUGCGUAUAUUGUAACUUUUGCUGGUUAAACUUGUAAAUGAAAAUGUUGUUGUUAUUUUUUAUUUACAAGCUCUCGUUUCAUUUCUUAUUAAUUAAUCAGGCAUACAAAUACACUUACAUACAUACAAUUAUACAUAUGUUAUAGUAUAUGUUGUCAAGUUUAAAGUUGUGUAAACUUGUUGCUUGCGGGUCCAGACGCCGUGACUCGCGCGAAUUAAUUCAAAACCGUACCAGAAGAAAGUGGAAAAUCUCUUUAUUAUUCAAAAGCUGCUGAUGUUCACGUUACAAAAAUGGAGCGGAAUUUUUAAAAAAAUGUACUGAUUUAUUGCUGUGAUUUUUUGCACUAGCGCGCGCUGUUCUCAUUUAAAUUUUUAGUUCACCACCUUCGUAAAUUCAAAUGAAUCAUGUAGAGUGAAAUCGAAAAAUGUUUAAAAAAAAUUAUGUUAAAGACAUGAAAUACAGACAAAAGUGAAAUAGAUUAAAUUUUUUAAAAUGAUAUUAUUUCAGAUAUGUUUUUUUUUUAAUAAUUUAUUUUUUUUCAAAUAAUUUUCAAAUUUUUGUAUAUUUGAAUUUUUGUAUUUUUGAAUUUUUUAAAAUUAUUUAUUUAUUCUAAUUUUUUUAAAUAUUUUUAUACAAAAUUUUUAAAAAAUUAUUAUUGUUAUCAACAUUUGGAAAAACUCUAAAUAAUAUUACAUUUGCUCAGAAUUUCAAAAAAAUUUUAAUUAAAUAUUUGUUUUUUAACUUUUUUUGAAGAGAAUUUUGUUUCUUGUCCCAAAACGAUAUGUUUUUUAGUUGGUUUCGGAAGAGGAUUUAUUUAAAUUAUUAUUAUUUUUUUAACUAUCAAUAAUAUUAUUAUUUUUCCUUUUGUAUUAGAUUUUUUUCAGAAGUUUUUUGUUGUAUACUUUUUUUGGAAAUAUCAAUUUAAACAAUUUUUUUUUGAUUAAAAAUUGUGUAAGAUUUUUUGUAAAAUUUCACUCCAAUUUUGCCAAAGUAGUUUUCGUGCGAAAUAAAUUUUCAAACAAUGAUUGUCAAUACAAAUGUACAAUAGACAAAAAUUUAUCGAUUUGCAACCACAUUCAUAAGGAAACAUACGAAUAUUAUUUAUGUAUUUGCAUUUCAUAAAAUUUUUUUUUACAAAACGUACAUACAAACACAUACAUAAAUACAUGUAAAAACUACGCUAAAAAAUGUAGUUAAAAUUUUACAUUGUUAAUAAUCAUUUUUAACAUUGUUAAAAUAUAUACGAUUUACCAAUUGACUUUUUAUUUCAUUAAUUUAAAAUUAAUUUUCCAUAAUAACAUGUUAUUUUUUUAUUUAUUGACGAUUACAUCAUUCAUUUACGAUUAGACAAAAAAAUUUAAAUAACACACAAAAUAAAUUUAAAACAAAAUUUAAAUUUUAAAAUAAUUUUUUAUUUAAGUAAAACAAAAAUAUAAUUAAAAUUAAUAAAACUAGUUUUGCUAAGAAAAAAAUUAAUGUCCAAAAAAUGAAAAUAUACCUAAAAGCACAAAAAAAUAUUUUUUUAAAUCGUUUGUAAGGUGGUAACACAUAUGUUAACCUCCCACCAUUUCAUGCAAGUUUAGUUUAGUGAUUUUUUUAAAGUUAUAAUUGUAAGAUUACUACGAUAGAGAGAAUAUAUAAAAAUAUAUCAUUUUGUAAAAGAGAAGCAAGAAAUAUAAGCUGUAAUUUUUUUGGUUGCAUUAUUGUGAAAAUUUUUUUUUUAAUAUUUAACUUUUUGUAUGCAAAAGCAACACUGGAAGCCAAAUGCAGUUGGUAAAAGAAAGCAGUGAAAAAACAACAAUAUUUUGUGCAGCAAUGUUGCGUUGUUUAUAACAUUAAAUCAAACAUAAAUAUGUAAGAAAAA